AUGGGAAGGCAACCCUGUUGCGACAAGGUCGGGCUGAAGCGCGGUCCGUGGACUAUCGAGGAAGACCAUAGGCUCAUGAGCUUCAUCAUGAAUAAUGGCAUCCAUUGCUGGAGGACGAUUCCCAAACUCGCAGGUUUGCUGAGAUGCGGCAAGAGUUGCAGAUUGAGAUGGAUCAAUUACUUGAGGCCUGAUGUUAAGCGAGGCGGUUUCACCGACGCAGAGGAAGAUCAAAUCAUUCAACUCCAUUCGCGUCUCGGUAACAGAUGGUCCAAGAUUGCUUCGCAUUUUCCGGGUCGCACUGACAACGAGAUCAAGAACCAUUGGAACACCAGAAUCAAGAAGAAGCUGAAGCUUCUCGGGCUAGACCCGGUGACCCACCAGCCAACUCAGGAAGACGAGAACAAUGCAAAAGAGAUCGUGAACGACGCGGACAUGGACCCGAAUUCAACUACAGAAGAAAGCUUGUGCAGUGACGAUAAACCUGCGGCAUUAGAGGCUGAUCAACACAAGGUGGAGGCCUUUUCAAUGGAGGACGACAUGGGGCUAAUGACAUUCGAAGAAACUGCCGACCUGCUCGAGAAUUUCAAGUUGUUGUCCGGAAGCUUCGGCGAAGAUCAAGAAGGGUCAUGGAGGAAUCACCAAGAAACGAACACACCAGUCUCUCAGAGGUCAUCAUCUUCUGCGGAAGAUUCUCAUCCGCUUCAGCAACGUCAGCAGCAGCAAUGGGUCGAUGGUGCGGAGCCUCUAAUGUCCUGGGACGGGCUUGAUUACUUAGAACAAGAGCUUUUCUUCUGGGAAAAUGGACAGUUACUAUGAACGAACAUGCACGAACACUUUUUCUCUUUCUGCUAUGUGAACUUCGUAAUCACCCAAGUAAUUCUAUCGUGUAAGAUCGGAUCA